AUGUACUUUUCGAGGUCACCGCUGGCAUUGAGCCGCAGUCUAAGAAACAGAGUUGUGACGCAGAUUUGGUAUACUCAUAUUGCUACGUAUAGCACAUCAAGUCCUCGGCAUCAUGAUCAUGUCGGAAGUACCAGGCCAACGCCGACAGAUACAACAGCAAUUGAUAUCAAGGAGUCUACGAAGAUCAUAAAUGAAGGGGCAAAAGAAAGCUAUAACAAGACAGAUUCUACAUCAGCACUGUCAAUCCUACCAUUAAGCGCGGUCAUACGGACCUUGGCAAUUACAACGCUCACUUCUGUGCCGUUCUUGUUGGGUCCUGCUCUCGCUGCUCUUUCUGUGUUGGCUAACUCAAAGUCACGGAUCCUUGAUCCAAAUAAGAAUGUUAUUGUCAACGCUAUUCUGCGCAAGACGAUUUACUCGCAAUUCUGUGCUGGUGAGACGCCCACGGAGGUUCGGAAGACGAUUGCAGAUCUCAAACGGUUGGGAUUUGCAGGCGUGAUUUUAGGAUAUGGUAGGGAAGUCGUCAUGGAUGGGACUGAGACAUCGAUGUUUGAGCAUCAAUCCGGAAAAGAUGUUGCAGAACAAGAAACGUCUCAAAGCGAGCAGAACCUGCGAGAAAUUCAAGAAUGGAAGCAAGGCACAAUGCAAACAGUCGAUCUCGCCGAUGCAGGGGACUUUGUAGCUUUGAAGUUCACCGGUGCUGGCCGAGAGGCACUUCGACAUCUCGUUCAGGGGUUACCACCGUCUCCGAACCUGCAGGAAGCUAUUAAUGAGAUCUGCGACCGUGCCAAAGACCGCCAGAUCCUGCUUCUAUUUGACGCUGAGCAGCAUGCUGUUCAAAACACAAUUGAUUCUUGGGUUCUGGACUUACAACGGAGAUACAACAAAUUCUUCACCAUCCAGGGCAAGCCCCGAGCACUGAUAUACAACACAUAUCAAGCCUAUCGCCAAUCAACGCCAAAGACGCUAGCAAGCCAUCUCUCAAUUGCACAAAGGGAAUCGUUUGUGAUGGGCGUCAAGCUUGUCCGGGGCGCAUAUCUCAACAGCGAUCCUCGACGACUUUUCUGGACGACCAAACAGCAAACAGACGAUGCCUAUGACGCUAUUGCAAAGUGUCUCAUGACCAGGAAAUAUAACGAUCUCGUGGAGCCGGACCGAGGCUCGUCUUCUUGCGCCUUUCCUCAGGCCGAUCUAGUCCUGGCAAGCCAUAAUCGGGCGUCGGUUGACAAGGCCCGGGCUCUUCGCGAUGAACAGUCCAGACGAGGUGAGCCAUCGAUCCAGAUGGUCUAUGGACAGCUUCAAGGCAUGGCGGAUGAUAUUAGUUGCCCGCUCGUCCGACAGUCCAUGAUCACGGCAUCCCGAGGCCGGACAGGGGAAACCCCUAAACCGUACAAAUAUCUCGUCUGGGGCACUGUGGGAGAAUGUACCAAGUAUCUGCUUCGAAGAGGUCAUGAGAAUAGAGACGCGGCAUCAAGAACCAAGGAUACCCGGACGGCUAUGUGGAAGGAGCUGAAGCGGCGAGCCUGGAUGGGAGGGAUUUCGAGUCUCCGAGAAGCCACACAUUCUGAUCUCGUCAACAUUCACAUGUCAUCAACAUCUUUUAUCCCUCACCUGAUCAUGGCAUAUUUGAAGCUGCUUAGAUUCCGGCCCUGCAAGUAG